AGAGUUCUUACCAUGUGCGUAACAAUCGGGAAGCUGUUUGGGCUAAUAGAAUAUGUGACAAGAGGAUGCUAAAUCCAGGGCGGCUCCAAAUAAAUCAGAUUAUUCAACCAAAAGGAUUGUGACGUCAAGGUUUUAAACGGCGGGUUGCGCCCAAUACAGGUGGCUACCGCUGAGCAGCGGAAGAGCAAGACGAGAACACGCAACGGGCGGUGACCUUUCGCCGCCUGAGGAGAUGUGAAGAGGACGGCUCCGGUGAUGUGACCCUAGCUGUGGAGAAACUCUGCUUCCGCACGUCUCUACUAUCAUGUCCUCGGGUCUCAGGAUUCCAGAUGAUGAGAAGGGCCAUGAUCUAAAUAUGUUUUGCAUACCUAAACAUUAUGAAGAUGACUUAGAAAGGGUUUUCAUUCCUCAUGGACUUAUUAUGGACAGGUAGGCAUUGUAAACGAACUGAGCGUUUGGCCAGAGAUAUCAUGCAGGAUAUGGGUGGGCAUCACAUUGUGGCUCUUUGUGUACUGAAAGGAGGCUAUAAAUUCUUUGCAGACCUGCUAGAUUACAUCAAGGCACUCAAUCAAAACCGUGACACUUCGGUGCCAUUGACUGUGGAUUUCAUUAGGCUAAAAAGCUACCAUAGUGAAGAGUCUACAAACAAGGUUGCUGUUAUUGGCGCUGAGGAGCUGUGCAGUCUGAGCAAAAAGAAUGUACUUAUAGUUGAGGACAUUGUGGAAACAGGUAGAACUAUGAUGACGCUACUACCUUUAUUAGAAGCACACAAUCCCAAGAUGGUGAAAGUUGUAAGUCUUCUUGUAAAAAGGACACCAAAGAGCUUGGGAUAUAAACCAGACUACAUUGGUUUUGAAAUCCCUGAUAAAUUUCUGGUGGGAUAUGCUUUGGAUUACAAUGAAUAUUUCAGAGAUCUCAGUCAUAUCUGUGUGUUAAAUGAAAAUGCAAGGCAGAAAUACAAAGCUUAGAACAAAGCUUGCUGACAUUCUCAAUGGGUGACACUACCAUGUCAAAAACUGGCCUGUUACAAAAGCCAAAGGCACCUGGGAAAACAGCCCUAAUGUUAGUUAACCGGAUUAAUGUUUGUUUUAUUACUCAAUUUCUUUAUAAAGAAGAUCUGAAUGUUUACGUUUAAUAUAAAUGUUAAAUGAAAAGAUUGUUACACUGAAACAGCUGAGGCAAUAUUUUUGGUAACUAACUCUGUUAGCAACCAAUACAGUAUGUAAACAUAUUUUUUAUUUAUAUAUAGCAGAUGAGAUAAAAAUAGUUUGUUGCUAAAGAGUGCAAUAAGCUCUUAUGCCAGAGUAGCAUGUAAGAAAUUAAUUUCAAAUAUAUUUUCAACCAAAUUUUUUUUUUUUUAUUUUGUGUGUAAAGUCCUAGAUAUGGUUGUGUUUUAUUAGUUAUCAUAAGUGCCUUUUGAGCAUAAAUUAUUUAUUCUUGCAUCAAAGAAUACCAAACUCUCUUUGCAUUAACUGUGUUAUCAAAUUGAUAUCCUUUAUUGUCCAAUACAGAACAAGAAUGACUACAUGAAAUUGCUGUAAUAAGAUAUUGCUUAUAAUUGUGUCUUAAUGCGCAAUCUGUGAAGAUGAUCUGGAAAGUUCAAUAAUGUAAUACAAAAAAAAGUUUAUUUGUAACUUUCAAGAGCUGGGACAUUCUGCCCAACCUGCGAUUACCAAAUGUAUGUAGCAUCUUGUCCAAACUGGUGUAGAUAAGUUGGCAAAGCCCAUUUUAUUUCUUCUAUAAAUGGUUUAUAUUUAUCACUAUGUUUCAUAUAUUUGUUACAUAUAUACUGUAAGUAAGUAUAUUAGAAAUAGUAGAUUCUAUUCUAUUUUCUGGUAUUCAAACUUUUUUUAAAUAAAAAAAAUAUGCCAUGUUCUGUAAA